AUUAGGGUUUAACACUAUUAAUCCACUGUGUAAAUGUGUCGUUAUUGUUGUCUUUAAUAUUGAUGUUGUUGUUGUUGUCUUCGCCGUCGUCAUCGUGGAUAACUAACGGAAGAGAAUAAAUAUGCGAGUACCGUCAACAAUUGUAAAGAAACCAAGAAAUCAAUAUGCUUUGUCUGUGAUUAAUCGAUUUCUAGAUGAUUCCACUUUUGUCACCAAUCAUCUAAAAAUUGAUACGAAUGACAGCAAUGAUCCUAUCACUGAUGACAAAGAUUUAAUUUUUCUGCGUAAAUAUUUGAAACGUUCAUCUUUACGUCAUUGCUUCAAUUUAGUUGAUUGUAUUGGUGAUAAUGACUCAAAGUCAAUUAUUGAGCGAUUACGACCUCCUCAGCAGUUAUUAAGAAAUAGUUUAAAAGUUUUGUCAGAAUUAUGGUCUGAUUUAGAAGAAUUUGUUAUGCGUACUCGGGAAAAAGAUCAACCACAUGCUCAUGAACUUUACGACCUACUGGCUGAUAUUCAUAUUAGAGAGUUAUUGGUAGCUUACGAUGAUAUUGCUAAUUAUCGAUAUGUGAAUGAAGAUUUCAAUUUGACUAUUAUUCCUUUCGAGAAUAAUGAUCAAUUAUUAUGUAAGAAUUCUGAUGAUAAUCUCCUCAAUGUACAGAACUCAUCAAAAGUAGGGGUAGGGACAGAAGAAGAUGAAGAACAUUAUAAAUUAUCCAAACGAAAUGACAAAACUCACUCCAUGAAUGUUCAUCUGAAAAAUCAUCAUCAUCAUCACUACAAACCUGAUCUAUCAGAAAGUUCCAUGGAAUCUUUAGAUUAUAAAUUAAAUCAUACAGAAUCAAAUAGAAAUUCAUGCAAUAAUGAAGAUGAUUUACUUAUAAUGAAAAAUCUUGAACAAUUAAAAACUCAUUCAGUUCCAAAUGUUUAUCAUGUGAAUAAAAUCAAUACUUCACUUGAUGUUGAUGACAAUCCUCCUCUUGAUGAUAAUAUUGAAAAUGCUCAAUAUGUGAAUAAAAUAAAUCAUUUGGAUAGUGAAGGCAAACACCAAUUUGAUAACUCACAUCGAUCUGUUUCUGAAAUGAUUAAUCAAUUUGAAUUAUCAAUCGGGAAAAAUGAAAUAAAUUAUUCAAAGGAUAAAUAUGUUCAUAAAUCACUAGAAUGUUUAGACCGAGUAACGUCAUCUAUACCUUCGGAUACACAAAAACCUACUUCCCCAAAAACUAUUCCUGAAAAUGUUAGUAGGCAGUCUGAGAAGAGACAUUCUAAAACUUCAAAGAUAAAAUCACCAGAUGAUUUGUUUACUAAAACUAAUUCUAAUUCAAAACUUGAUAGUCCUACUAUUACUUCAAAGAAAACACCUACAACAAAAGAACCACGAAAAAUAAAAAAUUUUCAUGGUUCAGAUAAUACUUUACGCUCAUCCGAUUCUAAUCAUCAUCACCAUCCUUCUAAGCCUUUUCGAGAUUCACUUGACGGAACACAAAGCUUACCCAGAAAUCAUGGUCAAACACCUAAAGAAUUAAAGGAUAAUCAUAAGUAUCAUCAUCGUGAAAGUAUUCAUCCGAAAUUUCCACAACCAGGUGUACCAAGAGUUGUUCAUUUAAGACGUGACCAUCCUGGUGAAAAUUUAGGUAUUACUGUAGCAUUAUGUACACCAUCACCGACUACUUCUUCAUCACCACCAACAAGUUUCAAUGGAAUUACCAUACAAUCAGUAACAGAACCGAUUAUAUCUAUUCAAAGAGUGUUAGCAGGUUCAUUAGCUGAUAGACAAGGUUGUUUAUUUCCUGGUGAUAUUCUCCUAGAAAUCAAUGGUUUACGCGUUCAUACAUUAGAGCAAGUAUUUUCUCAAAUUCAACAAACAUCUAGUUUAAUUGAUUGUAAACUAUUAGUACAAGCACCUAAAGAAGGCAUACUACGCUCUAGUAUUCAGUGUUCCAAUUCGAAUUCAAAGACUAAACGCUAUGUUCGAUGCUUAUUCGACUAUGAUGCAACAAAAGACAGUCUUCUACCCACUGGUGAUGUUGGUCUGUCUUUUAAAUCUGGGGAUGUUUUGGAGCUAGUAAAUGAUCAGGAUCCUAAUUGGUGGCAGGUACGUUCAUUGAAGGAUCCUAACUCAAAAGCUCGUUUAAUACCUUCACAAACACUGGAGGAACGUCGUCAAGCCUUUAAUCAAGAAAAGCUCCAGGCAAAUACUUAUCGCAAACCGUGGAAAAAAGUCAAAACAUUUUUCAGAGCUGCUGACGCAUCAGGUUUACGUUUACGAUCAGAUAUCUGGAGCUAUGAAGAAGUUGUACCAUGGCCACAGUCUAAAGUACCUUGCCUUUUGCUAAUUGGCCCAAAUGGUGUUGGUCGACGGAAUUUAAAGGUACUUCUUGCAAAAUAUGAACCAAAACGGUUCGCAUAUCCUAUGACAGAUACUACAGACUCAACAUUGCCGACUAAUUUAUUUAAAGUUUUAUCUAAAGAUCAAAUGGAAUCUGAUGUGAAAUCUGGUGCCUAUGUUGAAUGGGGUAAAGUUAAUGGUCAUUACUAUGGAAUUCGUUUUUCUGAAUUACGUAAAAUAAUAGCUAAUGGACGAACUGCUGUAUUAGAUUGUCAGCCCCAAUCGUUACAUUUGUUACAUCAACCAGAAUUUAAUCCUUGCGUUGUGUUUGUUGCUGCACCGUCUUUUGAAGUAGCGAAAACUAUGUUACAAGAAGGUUUACAAGCUAAUGUCACUUCAAAUAUACGUUCUGAUGAGGAAUUACACUCCAUUAUAAAAGAUUCAAUGUCAAUGUCGGUGAUUUAUCGUCAUUUAUAUUCACACAUAUUAGUUAAUAAAAAUAUGAAAGAAAGUGUCGAAAAAUUAAGUCGUCUUGUUUCAAAGUUGGAACGUCAACCAUGUUGGAUACCUUGUGGAUGGGCCUAUGAAUUAAGCAUUCCAUAUAGAUCAACUCGCACUGACGGUUCACCUUUUAUACCUGGAUCUAGUAGCCUUAGUGCUCUUGGUAUACAUGAUUUACCACCAUCUUCAAGAUCAUCAGCUUUGUCAAAAUCCGUCAUUUCUGAAGCAUCGACUGAAUCUGCAUCUAGACUUGCUCGACCUCCAAGCAUUUGCAAUGGGGAAUUUUCAAAUCAUCCUCUUUCAGGGCGUGAUCGUUAUUCUAUCACUCAACGAAUAUACGAAAAACAUCGACGUGCUCAACAUGAAUUCCAGCAUCCACCAAUACCGGAGCUUGAUACACCAUCUGAGUCUGUCGAUAGUUAUUUAUUGAACAAAAUGUCUACUCGUCAUCAUCAGCAUCGAGCGAAAUCAAAUCAUAACAUUGAUAACCAUGAAUUGUCUCAGCCUAUUUUUAGUGUUAAAACUACAGCUGAAGAGGAUCAACUCACUGACACCGAAUUAUCACAAACUCCUUCUAAUGAUGAUGAUGAUGAUGAUGAAAGUAAAAUAACUCAAGUGGAAAAUAUUUUAUCAGAUGAACAACAAUCAAAUGUUGUAAACAUUAAUAAUGAUAAUAAUCUAUCAGUUCAACCUAAACCUGAACUUAGAAAAGUAAUAACAAUCAACAAACAUGAAGAGUUCAGUUCCACAUCUAGCGAUGAUGAUGAUGAUGAAGAUAAUAAUAAUAAUAAUAAUGUAGUCAGUAUUUGACAAAUAAAUAAAUAUAAACAUUGAUGAUAGUGAUUAAUUCAGUUACAAAAUCAAUACAAAUUCAAUAUUUGUUCUUCCAUUUACUAAUCAUUAGUAUUAGUAUUAAUAAAAGUAGAUUUUUUACUCAAUAACUGCUACAAUAUAUUUCUCAAUACCUCCCAUUUUAAUAAUGAGAAUAUCAUCUAUAAUUUCAGUAUUAAAAGAUUUAUAUUAUACAUAGAUACUUUGUAUUUCUGAAUUUUCAUUUUGUUACAUACUUUAUUAUUAUUACAUUUUGUUUAAAUAAGAAAAACAAAACGAGACCAAAAAUAAUCAUAUAAGUAGUGUUGUUUUUUUUUUAAAAAAAACAAACAUUAUUAUUACUAUUAUGCUUUAUAAUAAGUAGUAUCACAAUGGCAGCAGAUUUGCUAAUUACACAAAUUUCAAAUAUAGACUUUUUGUUUGGGAUCUAACAAAAUAUAAAAAAUACCGCUUUUAUUUUAUAUCAAAAAACAAACAAAUCUCUAUUAGCUAUGUAACUCACAUUUAUCUUAGUUGCAAUCUUACUCGGGUUCUUCAUUAGAAUAUAUACACUAUUACUAUUUAGGUAUGAUUUUAAAAUUUUCAUUUAUUAUAAAUUUUUGUACUACUUAUAAUUACUUAUUCAUUUGAUUUCUAUUAUUUUUUUUACUGAGAGUAUUUUCUCUAAUAGUCUUCAAGUUUGAUUUAUUUAGUAUAGCUG